AACUAAGCAUCCCUAUGUACGCAUUUUGGGGCGCAUAAUUUUCACCGAAAAAAACCAAGAAAGCUGAAGCAAUAGUAAUAAUUGUUAGUCCAAAAAAUUAGCCAAAGGUUUGCGCUGGUGUUUUGUAAGAAAUAUUCAACGCGACGUAAAAUUUUAAAGAAAUUAAGUGAAAACACGCCUUUUCCGGUUUCCAGUGCAUUUCGUUAUUGAAUUUUCAAGUUGCACGUCGUCAGCUUGCGUCGGCGUUUUUGCGAAAAUAACGGGGCGUGGACUGUUCAUUUAGACUAAAAAGACUAACAGAAGCAGCCGAAAAGCACUUGGGACGGAAAUAUUUGCAAACAUGAGUGACUUUCAGACGCAGCAGGCGAGUUUAAGUCAAUCGCAGGCUUUGGCAGCUGCCAUACAACGUGCCAAGCAGAUUGCUGCAAAGAUACAACCAAGUCAGCAGCAGCAGUCACAGGGAGGUGGUGGAGGCGACACUAGUGGCCCAUCCGCAGGCGGAGGCAGCACCAACAACUUCAAGCGACAUAACGACGACGGCGAUAGCGGACCAGACUGCAAACGUUCAUUUGGCAGUCCUGACUACGGCCAAAAUAACUCGAACAUGAGCAGUGGCAGCGGUGGCGGUGGUGGUGGCAGUGGCGCCAAUAUGACCCAAGCCAUUGCGCAGGCAGCCGCUGUUGCAGCGCGUUUGGCCGCCUGGCCGGCGUCCACCUGUGAGGAGCAGGUGCGCAUACCCGAGAGCAUAGUUAGCGCAUUUGUGGGACGCAGCGGCAGCGAUACGCUUAGUCACCUGGAAGCUGAGUCCGGUGCUAAACUUGAACUGAUGCAGGAUCAAGAGCGGGUUAUAACAUUGCGCGGUACACGCGAGAGCUGCACAAAAGGACGCGAAAUGCUGCAGCAGAUGGUCAAUCGAAACGGCGGUGGCGGCAAUGGUACCUGUGAGGUGCUAUUAACCAUUAAUAUGCCGCCGCCGGGUCCCGGGGGCUAUCCGCCGUACCAGGAGAUUAUGAUUCCUGGCGCAAAGGUGGGUCUGGUCAUUGGCAAGGGCGGCGAUACUAUUAAGCAGCUGCAGGAAAAAACCGGCGCCCGCAUGAUCAUCAUUCAGGAUGGUCCCAAUCAGGAAGUUAUCAAGCCACUUCGCAUUUCCGGGGUACCACAAAAGGUCGAGCACGCUAAGCAAAUGGUCUUAGAUCUGAUCGCCCAAAAGGAUGCACUGGCUCAGCAGCAGCAGGGCGGACGUAGUGGUGGUGGCACUGGUGGCGGUGGCUCCGACCAAAGCUUCAAUAACUUUAACAAUGGCAGCGGCGGCGAAAGCGUAGAGGUCUUUGUGCCCAAAAUAGCUGUGGGCGUGGUCAUUGGAAAGGGCGGCGAUAUGAUACGUAAAAUUCAAACUGAAUGCGGCUGCAAGCUGCAGUUCAUCCAAGGCAAAAACGAUGAGAUGGGAGAUCGGCGCUGCGUCAUCCAGGGCACGCGCCAACAGGUGGAGGAUGCCAAGCGCACCAUUGAUGGCCUUAUCGAGAAUGUGAUGCAACGCAACGGAAUGAAUCGCAAUGGCAAUGGAGGAGGCGGCGGCGGCGGCAGCCAAGGUGGUGGUGAUUCAAACAAUUCCAAUUAUGGCUAUGGGUACGGCGUGAAUCAUGCGCAGGGCGGUCGCGAAGAGAUUACGUUUCUGGUGCCCGCCUCUAAAUGCGGCAUUGUCAUUGGACGCGGUGGCGAGACUAUUAAGCUCAUCAAUCAGCAGUCAGGGGCCCACACAGAAAUGGAUCGCAAUGCCAGCAAUCCGCCCAACGAGAAGCUCUUCAAGUCCAAGGGCACCACCGAUCAGGUGGAGGCUGCACGUCAAAUGAUAUCCGAAAAGAUCAACAUGGAGUUGACGGUGCUGUCGCGGAAGCCCAUUAGCGGCGGCGGAGGUGGAGGUGCUGGUGGUGGCGGUGGCGCCAACAAUGCCCAUCACAAUCAACAGCCCGGCGGUUACGGCGGCAACCAGAUGCAGGGUGGCGACCCCAACGCAGCCGCGGCAGCUGCUUACCAGCAACAACAGCAGCAACCUUGGGGCGCAUAUGGACAACAGGGCGGCUGGGAUCCAGCCGCUGCCCAACAACAGCAACAAAUGGCUAUGGCAGCAGGGCAGGGCCAGGCAGGUGCCGCUGCUGGUGCAGGCGGUCAAGAUUACUCAGCUCAGUGGAUUGAGUACUACAAGCAAAUUGGCUGCCAUCGCGAGGCAGAGAUGAUUGAACAGCAGAUGAAGGCUAAGCUGGCGGCCAGCGCUCCAGGCCCCAGUCAGCAGGCUCCACAACAACAGCAGCAACCCCAGCAGCAGCAGCAACAACAACAACAAAGUGGUGGCAGUGGUGCCGAUUACAGCGCACAGUGGGCAGAAUAUUAUCGCAGUGUGGGCAAGAUCGAGGAGGCAGAAGCUAUUGAAAAGACUCUCAAGACUAAGCAAAACGGAGCCGGCGCUGGCGGCAACAAUAAUGCGCCCAAUCCGAAUCAAGGCGGUCCAAAUCCAAACCAACAACAGCCCAAUGCAGCAGCUGCGGCAGCUGCAGCAGCAGCCGCCGCUGCAGCGGCCGGUGGCUAUGCCCAAGGUAUGACUCCUAGCCAAUAUGCACAAUAUUCACAGUAUUAUGCUGCAGCGGCUGCUGCGAGUCAUCCGCAAGGGGCGCCACAGCCCCAGGGCGGCGGAGCUGGCGGUGGAGGUGGUCAGGGCGGAGGCCCACCAGCUGGAUAUCCAGGCGGCUAUCCGGGCGGUGCCUAUGGCGGCUAUCCAAGCGGCCCUGCCGGCGGACCGGGUCAGCAGCAGCAGAAAUCACAUAAAAACGACAAACAUUGAGGGGACUGAAACAGAUGCGGGUGCCUUGAAAUG